AUGCCUUUUUCUAAACAACCAUCAUCACUACGAUCAAAAUGGUGCAGUCUAAAGUCUCGUUUCUCUGCUGACCCACUUACCAUAUCCACAAAACGACGAACAUCAGACUGUAGCUGCUGUUCAAACCAAUCAUCAACCUCUUCCGCAUCAACCUACCUACCAACACCCACAGACUCACCACAAACAGAACACUCACACACCCAUAAACGUAAAUUGAGUGAUUCACUUACACUCAUGUCUGACCACAGCACAAAGGCAGAGCGUCUGUUCUCCAGUAUCCCAAACCUCUUUAGACGACCCAAUUCACUUCCACCAUCACCCACACUAGACAUUGCCAAAGAAACGGCUGGUGUAAACGAAUUAUAUGCCUAUGCUCUUGAUGAGAUCAAUUAUGCUAGAGAUUCUGUUGGAUCACCUUAUUAUCCUGGAGAUUUAGAGACAACACGAGAGGCAAUCGAUAACUACAACCGUGCAUUCGAUACCCUAGUCCAACAGACCACAGAUAUGUGGUUCCGUAAUUAUAUUGAAUCACAAUUACGUCCUCGACUUGACUAUCUCGAACGAACAUAUAACUCGCUUCCCGACUCGAUCAAUGAAGAAGACUCGAUCGAACCAUCAUACUCAUACUACACCACCGCCAUAGACCUCUAUUAG